AGUCGAAGUUCACGCUCUCUCGCGUUCGGUCUUCUUAAAUCCCCUCUCCUCUAGAUCGCGGUCGGCCAUUUCAACUCCACCGACAGAGUAACGGGACCGCGACUGAUACUAUCUGAAGAUGAGUGAGACCGCUAUCUCCUUCGCCAAGGACUUCUUGGCCGGUGGCAUUUCCGCUGCCAUCUCCAAAACAGCUGUAGCCCCCAUCGAGAGAGUCAAGCUUCUCCUCCAGGUGCAACAUGCCAGCAAACAGAUUACUGCUGAAAUGCAGUACAAGGGCAUCAUUGACUGCAUCGUCCGCAUCCCCAAAGAGCAGGGCUUCCUCUCGUACUGGAGAGGGAACCUGGCCAACGUCAUCAGAUACUUCCCCACCCAGGCCCUCAACUUCGCCUUCAAAGACAAGUACAAGAACGUGUUCCUCGACGGGGUGGACAGGCACAAGCAGUUCUGGAGAUACUUCGCGGGUAACCUGGCGUCCGGUGGCGCCGCCGGAGCCACGUCCCUCUGCUUCGUCUACCCCCUCGAUUUCGCCAGGACGCGUCUGGCCGCCGAUGUCGGCAAGCCCGGACAGGGGCGCGAGUUCAAAGGCCUGGCCGACUGCUUGGUGAAGAUCUCCAAGUCUGAUGGCAUCAAGGGUCUGUACCAGGGCUUCAGCGUGUCAGUGCAGGGCAUCAUCAUCUACCGAGCCGCUUACUUCGGCGUCUACGACACAGCGAAGGGCAUGCUCCCGGACCCCAAGAACGCGUCCAUUCUAGUCAGCUGGAUGAUCGCUCAGUCUGUGACGGCGGUCGCCGGACUCGUGUCCUACCCCUUCGACACCGUCCGUCGUCGUAUGAUGAUGCAAUCCGGACGCAAAGGAGCCGACAUCAUGUACUCCGGCACCAUCGACUGCUGGAAGAAGAUCGCACGUGACGAGGGCUCCAAGGCCUUCUUCAAGGGGGCCCUGUCCAACGUGCUCAGAGGCAUGGGAGGCGCCUUCGUGCUCGUCCUGUACGACGAGCUUAAGAAAGUCCUCUAAGUUGUUUUUUUGUAUGUCCAGUGUUAAUGUUGUUUAACUGUAACAUAUCUUGUACAUUUGGAAGAACUUAAAUGCCAAGUUAUAUUUAUAGGGACCAACUAGUAUUUUCUACUAGUUGUACUGGGGGAAUCUGUUACACGCUCUUCUCUUGGCCCCAUGCCUUUUUCCUUUUUUUUUUUGUUUUGUCUCUCACCAGAAAGUCAUUCCCUGAACACAGGAACCUUGCCGAAAAAGAAAAAAAAAGAGAAAUAAACUCCCUCCCACUGA